AUGGGUUCCAUUGUUGAGUCUCAAGGAAUGCCAGCAGCUGCUAGGCUACGACUGCUCCUUCAGGAAGAGGGCAAAACAAUAUUUUGCCCAGGGGUAUACGACGGCAUCACGGCGCGACUGGCUUUGAGAGAGGGGUUCGAUUGUCUAUAUAUGACUGGGGCCGGCACUGCAGCCUCCAGGCUGGGUGAGCCAGACCUUGGACUCGCAACAAUGAAUGAUAUGGUGGGGAAUGCGGGAAUGAUUUCUUCCCUAGACCGUUCAAUCCCCGUCAUUGCAGACGCCGACACAGGGUACGGUGGACCACUGAUGGUUGCCAGGACGGUACGCGCCUAUAUGUCUGCUGGAGUGGCUGGAAUGCACCUCGAAGACCAAGUCCAAAACAAGCGCUGUGGUCAUCUGGCAAACAAGGAGCUGGUCGAUGAAGAAACAUACCUGACUCGCAUCCGGGCAGCGGUUAUGGCCCGCGAUGAGAUGCGGAAGGUGUCUGGAGGCUCGGCAGACAUUGUUCUCAUCGCACGCACCGACUCGAUCCAAUCACUGGGUUAUGAAGCGGCAGUCUCGCGACUCCGCAAUGCUAUUUCGGCGGGUGCGGAUGUUGCUUUCCCUGAGGGUAUGACGAGUUUGGAACAGUGCAGCCGUGUUUGCAAAGACCUUAGUCCUACACCUGUCCUUCUGAAUAUGGUGGCUGGAGGUGUCACACCCGACCUCAGUGUGCAGGAAGCCAAUAAGCUGGGUUUCAGAAUCGUGAUUUUCCCUUCAGUGGCUUUGGAUCCCGUCUCGGAAAUGGUGGGAAAUGCCAUGAGGGAGCUGAAGAAGAGUCAACGGCCAAUUGUGAGCGAAAAUCGAAGGAAAGCAGGUGUGAAGUACUUGUUCAACAUUCUGGGCCUCCAGGAGCGCAUGGCAUUUGACGAGGCGGCAGGAGCCAAGUUCAUCGGAGAGAACAAGAACUUCCAACACCUCUAUGAUGAAUUCUAA